GCUGGACGCGGCGAUUGCGACUGUUGGUCGUUGCGUUGUAGGUCGUUGCGGCUCGCACGAGGCAUUCGCGAUCAGUCCGGUGGCGGUUGCGCGUUGUGAGUGUCGUAUGUAGUCGUCGCCUGCGUCCGUACGUACCGUAUCGUUUUCGAGGAACACGAGGGAAUCCCGGGAAUUUCGUAACUCCCCGAAAACACCAAAAUGAGGUCGGCUUACGCGAUUUGCGCGUUACUGGCCGCGUCUCUGCUCGUCGACAGUGGAGUGGCUAAAUCUACUGUUUCGUCGAGCUCUUCAACAAAGAAUGCUGAUUCAGAAUCUAACACAGCAAAUGCGACAACUGCUGAGCUAACGAAAAACAUAAUACAUCCAAAUGAAACUUCUGCUACCAUUUCAAAUUUGAACACAACAGAAACUGCUAUUGUUUCAAAUUCGAAUACAGCAGAAACAACUACUGCUAUACCCAAUACUACUAUUUCUACAUCUACUACAACUACUACAACUACUACAACUACUACUCUUAAACCUACUACAACCACAACUAAAACUACAACUACACCUGUACCUACAUCUCCACCUACACCUUUGCCUACAUCUCCACCUACACCUAUACCUACACCUACACCUGCACCUGCACCUGCACCAACAUCAACAUCUUCAACGGCAACACCUACUACAGCUGCAGCAAAGACAACAGCUGUACCACCGUCUUCUAAGGAUCGUCAAUUUGAUGGUCUAAGCUUCUUUGGUGGUAUUACCCUUACUAUUUGUCUCAUGGCGAUUGCCGCGUUCUCGUGGAAGUUCUACAGGCAAUGCAAGGAAGGGAAUUACCGUACUCUGUGAUAACGUGCAAGGCUAUAACGAAUUUUCGACAAUUAAUCGCAGUUAAUCGAACUUAUAAGAACUUGAAUAAUUAUUUUAUUGUAAUAAUAUUGCGUAUUUUUAUAACACAGUUAAGUGUUACGUGGCUUAAGUGCUCUUAGUAAUGUGAUGUUCAACCACGAGUUUCGUUUUUCUCGAUAUAUAUAUAUACAUGUAACAUGAGGGGAAGGGAGGGGGGGAGGAGGGAUUAAACAUUCAUGUGUAUUGAAAACAAACGUCGUUGUAUUUAUAUGCGCGUUUUAUUAAUAGAUGAGAGAUUGUAACAAGCUGCGUGUUGUCCAGGUAGGAGAAUAGAGCGAUAGAAAUCGGGUGGAGAAGAGGGGAAGGGAAGGGAGGGAGUGGGCGCAUUAAACGAAUGAGAGCUAAUGAUCAAUCAAACGUACAUUCCACGAGAGAGAAAAAGAUGGAGAUUGUAGAUCUCUGAGAGCGCAUUGUCCCACUUCUUAUUAGCUUUCGCUCUUACUCUGUGCAACUGUCAGCAAACUAUAUCUUUAAUGCUAUGAUGUAUACAUUCUGCGGUAAAGUUACGUAAGAUCUGACUUUUCUACGAGAUAGAAGAGAGAGAGAGAGAGAGAGAGAAGAGAAAGUACUCGAACUAAAAAAAUACUUAGCUCGAUACGAGUAUCUUAGCGAAGGAAAAAUUUCUGUUAAAUUGAAACGAACUUCGCAGACGUCCCGCAAUUUAGAUUAUCGAUACGUUGACGCAUCCAUAGUGCGCUGUAUAAUAUGCCGAGUUGAAGUCGAAUCUAUAUCGAGUCUAUUAUCAUGGAUGUCGAUAGCCGAUAGAGUUACAUGUACGUCUGCUAUUAAAUCUGUUCUUCGGUAUGCGAUUAAUGUCUCUUCGAUAGCCGGUUUCGCUGUAGGAUACUUUUUGGAAAGAUCUGAUCAACGCGUGAAUAAUCGCACAAACAUUUAAUCAAAGUGAACAUUCUUUUUCUUUUCUAUGAGAUUCUGCCCUUUUUUUUUUAUUAUUAUGAAUAUCAUCAGCUUAGUGUUUCUUGGACUUGCGUUGUGUAUGGUACAACAUACGCAUUUUUUUUUAUUAGAUGAUUUUGCGUUAUUUCUGAACGUGCUAAUAUAUUUACGAUUACUUACGCGUUGCAAUCAUAACCGACGAUCAUAAAAUUUUGUCAUAAAAUUUUCGUUAAACUUUUUAAACUGCUUAUUUGUCGAAUAAAAAGCCUAAGUAUUGAAUAGUUCCUUUCUCACACAUUCGCCUAAAAAACGAAAUCAAAUGGUAAAAAGUCGAUUGGAAAACGUUUCUCGCGGAUAUCUUUUUUUUUUUUUUUUAGUUACUAAUGAGUUGCGCGGAUUAUAAAUUUAUGUUUUUCUAAUAGCAAGUAUUGUGAAAUAUCUUAGAUAGCACAGUAUCAUAUUAAAUAAUCUCAAGCGAUAUUCUAAGUUAAGUCACAUUUAUUAUAAAAAGAAAGAAGCAGAAAGAUUAUAUAUGUCACGUUUCGCAAUA